CAUGUUAAUCAUACAAAGUAAGGGUCGUGUGUUGCCAUUCAAGUGGGCGCUUUAUAAACUGCGCAUCCAGUGCGGGUAGCCUAAGAGCAGUUUAACCCGCACACCCUUCAACUUCCCGUGCAUGUAAAGAGCUAAUAUGCCGGCGGGGAAAAUCUCAGAACCAGCUAAAACCAACUUUUCUGUUCAAAAUAUACUGGAUCCCGAAAAAUUCACGGGAAAGUGCGAGCGACGUUGUGUAACAGCCAUGGGACACGACCGAGGGCAAGUAAGAAGGCGCGUGUACUGUCAAGCCUUGGCAAUUGAUCUUCCAGAAAUUGGGAACAGAACAGGGCAGAAAGUGCAGGCUGACUCAACCCCAGCUGAUGCCAAGCCAGGCCUCGGUGAUGUUGUUCAGACUGAAAAUAAAACGCUUCACACUUCCUCAAGGAGUGACUUGAACAGCAAGACAAGACCCUGCCGAUCUCGACGAAUCCGCACAGCAUUCACACUGGAGCAGCUGCGCUUCUUGGAGAACCACUUCCGUUUCAAUCACUACUUGUCAGUCUAUGAGCGGUUUGGUAUCGCCAGCACCUUGCAGCUUUCUGAAACGCAAGUUAAGAUUUGGUUCCAGAACCGUCGUACUAAAUGGAAAAAGAGCGAGGGACAGGAUAAGGACAAGUUGAUGAAGAAGCAGGUCCCACUUGGUCAGACUCAAAUUUCACUUCCACAGUAUGACCCGUUUCAGAGCCCACCCAAUUCAAGGUACCCAACUCAGCCAGUUUCUGCCCCUUUACGCUUUCCCACAUUUCAAUACCCCGUCCCCUCACCCCCAGCUUUGUACCCCCAGCCUCUUUGUCUUCCUUCAGUCUUUUAUAAUUGUCUUGCUUGAGAAGGAUGAAAACAAACUCCUGUUUUUAGGCAUUCAAACCUCCAUCUGAAGAAUGGUUACUAUUCCAGGACUUUCUGUACUUGAUUACAUUUUUAUAAAAACAAAUUUGAAAAGAGAUUCUAGGAUGGCAUUUAAAAACCUGGCACUCAUGAUUUUGAAAACAUGUGAGCACAUUUGUAAACUCAUCAUUGUCUUUCAGAAAAUGGUGGGUGUUUCAAAAGGAAAUAUAAUGUAUUUAAUAUAUAUUUAUUGUUCUACAUGUGAAAAAUAGUAACGAUAAUUGUGCCAAGUGUACAUUUUUCUAGUUUCACCUUCUCUAAAGAGGUUUUGCUUUAAAUAUGUUUGUGAAAGUCUGGGUAUUAAGAUUUCGAGAAGGUAUGGGGGUGGAUCUGUGGUUCUGCAAGUCUUUGCCUCUGGGGUCUGGCCCAUCUGACCCUAAAAUGAGUUCAAGUCAGCGCUGCACAUUUCUGCACGCUAUAGUAAUUUCCUAUCCUGAACUGCCUGUCUCUAUAGCUAUGUUAUCAGUCUGUGAUCUCUCGCCAGAAUGGAAGGAGCUGCAGUUUAACUGCUUACAUCAGCCUUAUCCCAGAAACUAAAGUCACUCACAAAAUGGCAGAUUGCUAAAGAGUGGACUGCGCAAUACAGCAUUUUGAAAGCUACUCUGUGGCUUGGUAGUACUUUUAUGGAUCGAUUAUUAUUAACAACAUUAAAAAGGCACACAGGGCUCAUCUGGCCACCUAUAUUAUGUGCCCAACAUGAAACCCUGAAGGAAGGUUCACAUCAUCAAACUACAAAUAUCUGUUAUAUUUAACUUGUCACCACUUCAUGUAACAAGGUGUCACUGUCUGCUGGCUGAUCCAACAUUUAUUUAUUUCACUUAUUGUAUAUGUAGUGCACUCUUCUCAGUCUAAUCUUCUUAUGGACUACCUGGGAAUUCUGUUUGUUGCCACUAUGCAGCAAGGAACAAUUGGGGGUUCUCCUAGUUUAAUAGCUGCACAAGCACUGGCGGCUGAGUGAAGUCCAAGGUGAGAGAAGAGGCCAUGUAAAGUGUAUGGUAAAUACAUAGCAAGCCUAUACAAUGAAGCAGAGGCGACUUGGCUAUUAAUGCACAUAAAAGGCACAAAGGCCAGACAGUGACAUCCCUCCACCUGUUACAUCCUGCUGUGUUAUUAAAUGAGAAAAUGGGUAAUUUUUGUAUAUAAUGGCUAUAUAAGUCAGAUGUCAUAUUUUUAUACUGUUUGAUUAUUAAAA